AUGGCCCACAACGCGACGUCGUGCUCCUCCCAGUGGGGCGAGAACAUCAUAGUUCUCCCCGCCACCGCGCAGCUGCAGGCGCUGCUCACGCUCAUUCGCGACGAGAGAACCGGCCGUGGCGACUUUGUCUUCUACUCGGACCGUAUCAUUCGCCUGCUCGUCGAGGAGGGCCUCAACCACCUCCCCGUGGUCCCGCAUACGGUCAAGACACCGACGGGUGUCGAGUUCUCAGGCGUCGGGUUCGAGGGCCGUAUCUGCGGCGUGUCGAUUAUGCGCGCGGGCGAGGCUAUGGAGGCUGGAUUACGUGACUGCUGCCGUUCUGUCCGCAUCGGCAAGAUUUUGAUCCAGCGUGACGAGGAGACGGCCCAGCCUAAACUCUUCUACGCCAAGCUUCCCGAUGACAUUGCCCAGCGGUACUGCCUCCUCCUUGACCCCAUGCUUGCUACUGGCGGCUCGUGCCUCAAGGCCAUCGAGGUUCUCCUCGAGCAGGGCGUAAAGGAGGAGCGUAUCCUCUUCCUCAACCUCAUCGCGUCGCCCGAGGGCAUCAAGAAUGUCCAGGCAAAGUUCCCCAAGCUCAAGGUCAUCACUGCAUGGGUUGACCAGGGCCUGGAUGCCAAGCAGUACAUUACGCCCGGCCUCGGCGACUUUGGUGACCGCUACUUCCUCUGA